CUUCUUCUUCCAUCUCGCUCGCCGCAAAACAAUCCCACUUUCUCAAUACACAAACUCCACCCACCACCUCAGACCGACGUCCACGCAACGAAUUUCUUCUCAAGUUUCCUUUGCUCGCAUUCGCGCAGACUUUUCCUCUACAUCUAUUCCCACAUUCUCAACCAAGACUUCAUCGCCCACCUUUCACGAUGUCGAUCGUCUCGCUUCUGGGCGUUCAGGUUCUGAACAACCCCGCCAAGUUCACGGACAAGUACGAGUUCGAGAUCACCUUCGAGUGCUUGGAGUCCUUGGAGAAGGAUCUCGAGUGGAAGUUGACCUACGUUGGUUCUGCGACUAGUGAUCAGUACGACCAAGAGCUCGACAGUCUGCUCGUCGGACCCGUUCCCGUCGGUGUCAACAAGUUCAUCUUCGAGGCCGAUGCGCCCAACACUUCCAGAAUUCCCGACGCCGACAUUCUGGGUGUCACUGUGAUCCUCCUGACCUGCGCUUACGACGGUCGCGAGUUCGUUCGCGUUGGCUACUAUGUCAACAAUGAGUACGACUCUGAGGAGCUCAACGCCGAGCCCCCCUCCAAGCCCAUCAUCGAGCGAGUCAAGCGCAACGUUCUCGCUGAGAAGCCUCGUGUGACCCGCUUCGCCAUCAAGUGGGACAACGAUGCCGCCGCCCCCGCCGAGUUUCCCCCUGAGCAGCCCGAGGCUGACCUCGUGCCUGACGAGGAUGAGUACGGCGCUGAAGAGCGUGAAGAGGAGGAGGCCGAGGCUAGUGCUGCCAACGGCGAGAAGCCCGCCGGUGAGGAUCUCGAGAUGGCCGGUGUCGAGAACGGCGAGGGUGAGGCCGUUCCUGCGGAGGAGGACGAGAUGUCGGAUGACGGCAGUGUUGAUAUCGAGGGCGAGAGCGAGGACGAGCUGGAGGAGGAGGGCGAGGGCGAAGGCGAGGCUGAGGCUGCCGAUGACGACGCCAUGGACGUCGACACCGGUGACAAGCCCGUCGCUGUUGCCGGCAAGGCCUAGGCGGUCGCUACUCACUAGGUGACGCCUGUCGAGAGAUGUUUUGACGCUUUUGCCCAUACCCCCAUUGUUUUGCCGACCCAGAAGUUAUCCGACUAGAAUUGCGCAGGAUGGCGGUUUACACGAAGAAUACGACCUGGAUGAUGAUUGCAUAAGGUACCCGAACUCUUCAGUAUAGAUGAUAUGGUUUGGAGAGGGA